AUGGAAAAUCCUUACAAGUAUUCUUAUAUUAGAAAAAAUAUACCCAAAUUACUGAAAGCAUCAUACGCCAAAUUUUCAGUAUCUUACGGUGGUUAUCUACACGAAAAACAUGUAACUGAAACUGAACUUGUUUAUAAUAAUCUUUCACCAAAUUAUACUACACGUCUUAAUUUGGAAUAUUGUUUUGAAGAGAAACAAAUUAUAACAACAGAAAUAUUUGAAUGUGACCGUGAAGAUCGAGAGAAUUCGGUUCUUCUCGGUUAUAUACAGUGUACUGUUGGCCGUGUGAUCCAUAGUGGUGGUGAACUAAUUUUACCAAUAACAUGGAAUGAAGAUAUUCAAGUUGAUCGAAAUACAUCAACAGAAGUGGUCGUUUGCAUUCGAGAAGAUCCGUUUUCUAAAGAAAAUAUUUUUAUUAAAAUGAAUGGAGCAAAUUUGGAUAAAAAAGAUUUUUUUGGUAAAUCCGAUCCAUAUGUAAUUAUCUAUCGAAGAAAUGAACGAGGAAAAUUACAAAAAUGUUACCGAAGUGAAGUGAUCAAGAAUACAUUAUUUCCAGACUGGAAACCGAUUCUUAUAUGUUUAGAUAGAUUAUGUGGAGGGAAUAUUGAUUGUGAAUUAUAUUUCCGAUGCUUUGACUGGGAUGGAGCUGUCGGUGAUUCUGAAGAUGUUGAUACAGAAAUUGAUGAUCUAAUUGGUGAAUUUAAUACAACUGUUAGUCGUUUGUUGAACAGUAAUGAAAAUGGAAUUGAAUUCAGUUGA